AUGGAAAACUUGACCCUGACCCCCAAUCAUUCGGAGUGUUACAUAGUCGACAGUGAAAACAGGAGAAAAGUGUUUCUGGUCUACUACCUGGCCGUUGUCAUCAUUGCCAUCCCCGCCAACGCCUUCUCCCUUUAUGUGUCCUGGCAGCACAUCAGACAGAAGAAUGACCUCGGAGUGUAUCUCUUCAACCUCGCUUUAAGUGACCUGACCUUCACCAUUAGUCUUUCCCUGUGGCUGGACUUCCUGUGGAGAGGAGUUUGGGCUCAUGGAGGUUAUAUUUGUCUGUUGUCAAUUUACACUCUUUUCACCAACUUUUACACCAGCGAGGCUCUUUUGUGCUGCAUUGCCGUUAACCGUUAUCUGGCUGUGGUUCACCCAUUAAAGUACACAUUCAUGAGGAAAGUCCACACCGCAGCAGCAGUCACUUUGGCCAUUUGGGUGUUGGUUGUCGGUUUCAACGCCUGCACAAUAACCUGGGAGGACUCUUACCAUCAAAGUAACAUGAACCCAAUGUGCUAUGACAUUUUUAUGCCACUGUCAGAAAACAUGCUCCACGCUAACAUAGCACGUUUUUUCGUGGGCUUUAUUAUUCCAGUUGUGCUUGUAUUUUUUUUCACCUGUCGAACUUAUUUAGCUGUGAAAUCCAACCAGGCCACAAAGGAAGAGGAGCGUUUACGCAUUUUAAAGCUACUGGCACUAGUUUUUCUAUGCCUUUUGUUUUGCUUUGGUCCAGUCCAUAUCAUGAUGCUUGUCCGCACACAGUUACAUGACUGCGAGAGUUUUAAAUGGUUCCUCUGUACCUACAAGAUCAGCACAGCUAUCUCUUGUGUCAGCUGUCUUGUAGACCCACUGCUCUACUGCUUCAUUACUAAAACAGGGCAGGCAAAUGUCAAGCAGGUUCUGAUUUUCUUCCUGAGAAAGCAAAACAGCACUGAAGAAAGCCCCACAAGUGAAAUACAGUACAAUAGUCAAUAA